CACACCCCAAUUUGUUUCUACUUUUAGCGAUUCUCAAUGGCGUGUUUGGUCUCCAUUAACGUCUGUGCGUCUCCGCCAAGCCCAAACCCUCCGGUUCAGGUAGUCUCGGAAACCCUAAACGCAGCUUAGAAUUCCUCUGGUAUGACAGAACUUAACCAUCUGAGUAGGUAUCUUCUUCGAGUUGAAACAUUGAAGGGAAAAGCGUUGUAGCAUUCUCUUUAGCAUCUAGUUGCUUGUUCUUUCCAGUUUUGCAGUAGCAUUAUUCGAUGAUAAUGUAAAUAGCGUUUAUCUGUUAAUGGAUUGAUUGGCCAAAGGGUGAAAAUGUUUUUGCCAGUUCCAAGUGUGGAGAAGGCUCAUGUCUGAAGAUUCUGGAAAAGUGGAAAAGAAAGAUGACUCAGAUCAUACAAAUUCUAGGUUUAUUACUCAAGAAUCUGCUCUAAAACAAAUAAUGAAAAUACUUGGGGGACCCCAAAAAUUUGACCCCAAAACAACACCAAGGCAAACGCUCAAUGCCUGUGCGUGUUUGUGUUUGCCUUGGUGUGCACUUGGGGUCAAAUUCCUGGGGUCGCCCUAGUACCACCCAACAAAUAAUUGCCACAUUUCUAUUGAAGGUAAACACUUACCCCGGAUGCCCCAAAUUUAGGAUUCACAUUUCCUUUUAGGGAACAAAUGUGCCGGGCCGUCGGGAAUUAUCUCUCUGCUACGCUAUAUAUGCUAUAUAUUUGGCUUGCUCUUCAAUUGAAGGGCAUUCAGGUGACAUGUCUAGAUAUUCUCAUAUCAUUGUAACUCUUAGAAUAACUUGGAAGAUUUUGACUUAUUAUAAGUGGGAUUUUUUUUUUUUUUGCAAAAUUUAUGAUUCGUUCGGUGUUGAGUUCUGUUGUAAUGAGACUUUGAUGGAUAGGGUCGAGAUCUCUUCAAUCUUCACCUCAUGUCUGAUUAAAAAAGGGUAUAGAGUAGUUACUAGAAACAUUUUAUACUUGUGUUUGCAACUCAACCUAUAUUUGGCAGCUGAGAGUGCUAAGUGACAUUGUAAUGCUGAGUUUAUAUGCAUGUGAACUACUCCAUAAUAACUAUGUCUCCUUGCUCUAUUUGCCUUGACAAAAAAAUCCACUACAUGGCAAUUUGGGGUGAGAAAUGUGGAAUAUACAGCAGGUGCUUACUAUAUAUAGCUUCCUCAAUUGUUAUUCUAUUCUUUAAGAUGACUACAAUGUACAAAUUGCAGAUUAGUUCCACAAUUUUUAAAGAUAUUUGGUUUAGAUUGCCAUUGAAUGAGUGUGAUCUUGUUUUCUGUUAUAGGGCCUUGAUACAACACGAUUGGAUGGUGGGAAGUCUCUAUUCCAAACAAAAUGGUCAACAGGGAGGCUUCUGAUGGCCAGCAAUUGGAACAGAGGCGUUGCCAAUAUGAACAGGGACAACGGUCAUUGUAUCAUCAGACCCACAACACAUUUUCCCCUACACAUUUCAAGCGAUUCUGAUAUAGGCUGCCGUUGCACCGAAAUGAGCCUUUCUGGCUUUUGGGUGGGUCCUGGUGUUGAAGACGGAUGGGGUUUUGUUGAAGCAAUCGUGUAUAGAACGUAUUGAUUUGCAGUUGCACAAAAGUUUCUAUCAAAACGCGGUUUCCUUUUUUAGGAGGGUUUAGAAAGCGGUUUCGUGUUUGUAGAUGAAGAUAUAUAACCCAAUGCUUCGCAACUCCUUAAUUUUAGACCUCAAUAUUAGGGUAUAUUAAGAGGUUAAACCAAACCAAACAACCCGGUAUAUCAUAUGUCUCAAUUUGACUUCACGGAGUUUAAGAAAAGUGUUAAAAAGUA